CUAACCAAAAGGCUAAAAACCUAUCCCCUCCAUCAUCCCAUUCCCCCCAUCCCCACCCUCCUUUCCAGCAUCCACUGCCACCAUCAACUGUUCAUCCACCUCGCCAGAGCUUCAUGCUGACUCCCAAGGAUGACUUGACCACCUGAGAUGCUGAGAGCGUCAGAGAGCAUAGCAUAGCAUAGCAUUUCUUGGUGUCGCUGGAUGGAUGGGGAUGACUGGAUCACUCACCCGGAGGCGGAUCAGAAAGAGUACUAGCUAACCACUGCCAAGAUUCCGCCGCGCGCACGGAUGCAUCUGUGAGCGAGCUUACACGCCGCAGAGAAUACUAGAUCACGGCGCUGCACAUUCCGCAGGGAGCGCAGCUGGAACCAAGCGGCUAAGGAUCGAUGGAUCACCACCACCAUCAUCACCACCACCAUCACCAUCACAUGAUCCCGGGACAAGAGCCGUCGGCGACGGACGGCGCAGCCCCUGACAGCUUCUUCCUGGGCCCCGCCGCAGCCGUCAUCUUCUCCGGAGGCGCCGGGGCCGGUUCGUCGUCGUCGGGCGCCGCGGCCCUCGGAUCCUCCGCCGGGGGAGGCGGUGGGCCAUCUCCGUCCAGCUCGUCGCCGUCGCUGAGCCGGUACGAGUCCCAGAAGCGCCGGGACUGGAACACUUUCGGGCAGUAUCUGCGCAACCACCGGCCGCCGCUGUCGUUGUCGCGGUGCAGCGGCGCGCACGUGCUGGAGUUCCUCAAGUACAUGGAUCAGUUCGGCAAGACCAAGGUGCACACGCCGGUGUGCCCCUUCUACGGGCACCCCAACCCGCCCGCGCCAUGCCCGUGCCCGCUGCGCCAGGCAUGGGGCUCCCUCGACGCGCUCAUCGGCCGCCUCCGCGCCGCCUACGAGGAGAACGGCGGCACGCCCGAGAUGAACCCCUUCGGCGCGCGGGCCGUGCGGCUCUACCUGCGCGAGGUGCGCGAGACGCAGGCGCGGGCCAGGGGGAUCAGCUACGAGAAGAAGAAGCGCAAGAAGCCGUCGGCGGCUUCGGCCGCGGCCGCGGGGCCGUCGUCCGAGGGAAGCCCACCACCGGGGCCGUCCAGCGGCGGUGGAGGACCCGACACGUCGUCGCCGCAGUUCAUCAUGCCGUGAGUUUUUUGUUCCUAGCUAGCUAGUUAAGUGAUCCAUCGCCAUUUGCCAUCUACAAUCCUUCCCUUGAUCGUCCAUCUGAUGAGCUAGCCAACACACAGCAGCGCGAGUUGGAGUUCGUUCCGGUGCUGCUGGUCUAGGCCGUUGUUCUUUGUCUUCUUCUCCAGUGGCUUGCAUUUUGCAAAAGAUUUCUCGACCUCCCCCACACCCACACCCCCCACCUUCUUUUCUCUGUUUCAUUCACUUGAAUCAUCACUGUGCGCGUGCGUGAGUACUGGUUUAAUCGUCGUCGCUGUUUUGUUUAGCUUUCAUCAACCCAUUGGCAGCAGGCAGAGUUUAUGUUAGUUUUGCUUGGUUUGUUAUUCUCCUCCCGAGGUACGACAUGAUGCAAACUUGCAAGAACAGUUUGAGAUUCCCUACCAAUGCAGCUGUUGUGUGCUUAUGCAUGUCAUGGCAUGGUGUGGGAGAAGUUUUAGUUUGCAGCUAGCAACAACAGUGACAAAAGCUGUAGCUGUAUAGCUAGCUAGUAGCAUCUUUCAGAAUUUGUUCUUGUAUGCAACUUGCAAGCAACUAGUAGUUUGGUUCUGCUGCAGAAGCCAGCAGCCAAACUAGCUUGCUGUGCUAUUCAUUAUAUUGGCAGAACAGAAAUAUAAUCCUUCUACAUCACACUAUAUCUGUUCA